GGAGUUCUUGAGCAUCAAUUCAUCCCCUGCUUCAGUUUACUUCUCGAAAUCAAGUCUAUCUACUUCAAGUCUACUUGGUCAACAUAUCACGACCUUCAACGUCGAGAAUGGCAUACAAGAAUCCUCUUCUUUUGGCGACGGCAAUUGCGCAUGGAGUGCUGAGCUUGGGACAUACUACGAAAGGCCUUGAGCAAUUCAAACAUCCCUCUCUCAACACCCUGCCUAAAACCCUCCUUGGUGCCUGCAAGGCAGGAUGGUAUGAAGGCAGCAUCUUCUUCGCCAUCAUAGGCAUUCUCAACUACAAAUGGUCGCAAACCGGCCUCGUCGACAUGUCGGACAGGCUCAUCGCCUCCCUCAUCUCCGUGCUAUGCUUGGGGGCUGGCGUCAGCUAUUACCGUAGUGGCGACAAACCGUCGGCAGUUACGCUCUCGCUAGUUGCUAUUUUGCAGGGGGUUGGUGCUAGAAUGGGGACUUUGUAGAUUCAUGGGUUUGUUGCCUUUGGGGGACAGGUACAGAGUGGUCAAUUGUGACAGAAUUUCAGAGAGACAAGUUCAGAGUUGCAAGAUCUAGCAACAGGAAAGGGGUAGAAGAGUUGAGCG